AUGAAAGGGGAGACACUUUCUGCCAUCCUUGGGGAAGAAAGCAGGAAAAGUAGGCCCCCAGUUCCAAAGCUGUCCCCAGAAGCAGUAUUAUUGGACGCAACAAGAGAGCGAUCCCGCAUCAAGCAAUACGCAAAGGAAGAGGUCUUCGAUGAUGAUUUCGUGAGGAAGCUGAAAUGCCCUUCCUUUCCGAUCAAGAAAUGA